UACCAUGUAUGCAAACCUCGGACCACAAGGCUCCUCAUGUGCCACCCGAUAAAAUUGGCUUGGAGGCUCAAAACCAAUCUAAAGUGAAAGAUGAGCCAAAGUCGGGGCGAUAUAAAUACAGUGAUGUUGGAUUCUAUAACUCACAUUUACUCCUCAUUUCAUCACCAUUUCAAUUGUGUUUAUGGAUCAAAUUUUUGCAAUUCUAAGUUUCAAACAUCAUCUUAUUUUGGGUCCUUGUAGAAGGGGCCACCAUCCAGGCAGACCUCGAACCAUAGGGCUCCUCAUGUGCUAUCCGAAGAAAUUGGCUUGGAGGCUCAGAAUCGAUUUGAAGGGAAAGCUGAGCCAAAGUCUAGGCGAUAUAAAUAUAGUGCGGUUGGAUUUUAUAACUCCAAUUUACUCCUUGUUUCAUCACCAUCUUAAUUGUGUUUAUGGAUCAAAUUUUUGCAAUUUUAAGUUUCAAACAACAUGUUGUUUUGGGUCCUUGCAGAGGGGGGCACCACCCAAGCAAACCUCGGACCACAGGGCUCCUCAUAUACCACCCGAUAAAAUUGGCUUGGAGGCUCAAAACCAAUCUGAAGUGAAAGAUGAGCCAAAAUCGGGGCGAUAUAGAUAUAGUGAUAAGGGGGCACCAUCUAGGCACACCUCGGACCACAAGGCUCCUCAUGUGUCACCCGAUGAAAUUGGCUUGGAGACUCAGAACCGAUUUGAAAUGAAAGUUAAGCCAAAAUCGGGGCUAUAUAAAUACAGUGCGAGUUGGCCACCCAGGCACACCUCGGACCAUAGGACUCCUCAUGUCCCACCCGAUGAAAUUGCAUUGGAGCCUCAAAAUCGAUCUCAAAUGAAAGUUGAGCUAAAGUCGGGGCGAUAUAAAGAUAGUGAUAUGGGGGUACCACCGAGGCACACCUCGAACCAUAGGGCUCCUCAUAUGUCACCCGAUGAAAUUGACUUGGAGGCUCUGAACCGAUGUGAAGUGAAAGUUGAGCCACUAGAAAAAAUUGCAUUGCAGGUUCAGAACCAAUCUGAAGUGAAAGUUGAGCCAAAGUUGGGGCCAUAUAUAUGUAGUGUGGGUUGGCCACCCAGACACACCUCAGACCAUAAAACUCCUCGUGUGCCACCCGAUGAAAUUGCAUUGGAGCCUCAAAACCAAUUUGAAGUGAAAAUUGAGUCCAAGUUGCAGCUAUCUGCUCAAGAUCAAAUCAAUGAGAAAACAAGAGAGUGGGCUUUGUUAAUCACCAGCGUACUUCUAGAGGCCAUGUCUGCAGUUUUUGAUCAGGUGGGGUACGCGUUGAUGGGCAUGGUGAUAUCAUUCCUCGCUUUGUUUCUUUCCAGCCUUGAUCUCAUUUGUAAGGCACGAAAGGAAGGAGUUCAGAGGAGCCAACCCUUUGGUGGUCUCCUGGAGUAUUUUGGACUAGCAGCUGCUGUCUGGCAAUGCUUUUACUCCACCAUGGAGUAUCUUUAUACUCGGAAGAAUCAACAGAAUCCAAUAAAUAUGUGUUUGUUACCUUUUCUAUUUGCGUUGUGCGUGCUGAUUUUUAGGUUAAUCAAGUGCCGCACAUGAACCAUUGGUUGAGCUUGGUGUGGUAGAGUAAUUCUACAAAGAUUCUCUCUGUUGUUAAAUGGAUUGAUUGACAUUAUUUGUGUGCUGACUGAUAUUGGUAAGUUAUUGGACUGUGAAACGCUCCCUGCCUGCUGUUGCUGAUGAUAGCGAUGCCUCUAAGCUGGGAUCAAAGCAGAUUUUUAUUGCUAAGUUAUUGUAAGCCGAUGUUCUUAAACCUAUUAUAUUAUGUAAAAGCCUUCAUGAUUCUCUUGAUUUCAGUCUGGAUUUGAAUUUCCUAAGCGAAACCGCUGGGUAUGAAAUCAUUGAUUGUGCCAAUAACUGAAAGGCUUGUCAAGUGUUCUUUUGUUUAACAUCCAUCCCAUUAAUAUCCCAUCAUUUGGUUUUUCCUGGUUU